UGGGGAUAUACCAGCAUGGAUCCAAGCAGCGAUUACCAGUUCCUCAAUGAGAUUCUGGGAAAAGCAGUGAAAAUCACCUUGAAAUGUGGCAUCUUCCAGGGAAUAUUGCAGCAUGUGGAUUCCAGCAGAAGUAUCGUUCUGAGCAGAGUGAAGAACUUGGAAACAGGCAGAAGCAUGGCAGGUGUGAAGAUGUUUUUUGGUUAUGAAAUUGUGAAUGUGGAACUGCUGGAGGAACUGGAACAAGAUGCAGCAAGAGGAGCUGCAACUCCCAUCAGGGACAGUCUAGUUACUGGAGGAACUGGAAUGGACAGGGGAGAACCAGCAGAGCACAGCCCACAGAGUUCUACUUGCAUUUCCCCAGAGAGCCGGUUCACCACCCUGAGUAACUUAAAAUAUACCCUGGCAGAGGAGGAAGAAGAGGAAAAUAUGGAGUACAUAGUCAUUGAUCAAUUCCAGCAGAAAUUUGGUCCCGCUAUGCUGCACAUCAAAAAACAGAGUGUUUUUGGUGUGGCAGCAGAGGGUGUUAAUCUGUGUCGUCAUGGAAGACUCUGCUGGCUUCAGGUAGCCACGAGGAGUCGGGUUUUUUUAUUUGAUAUUUUCCUUCUGGGGCCUCGAGUUUUCAAAAAUGGACUGCAAAUGGUGCUGGAAGACAAGAACAUUUUGAAAGUCAUCCAUGACUGCCGUUCGAUCUCAGACUGCCUGUCACAUCAGUAUGGAAUCAUUCUUUCCAACGUGUUUGAUACACAGGUUGCUGAUGUCCUGCAUUUCUCCAAUAUAACAGGUGGGUUCCUUCCACAUCGCAUCAGCUCCCUACAGGAGUGCUUGAUGCGACACCUCAAGAUGUCCCCCCAAAAGGUGUCCUUCCUGGCAUACAGGCAGCAGGCUGUUCAAGAGAAUCCUGAUAUAUGGUUUGUGAGACCUCUUCCACCUUCACUGCUGAAAGUAUUGGCUCUGGAAACCGUUUACCUUCUACCUCUCCGCUUGUUGCUACUGGAUGAGAUGAUGUCUGACUUAACAACCUUGGUGGAUGGAUACUUAAAUUCAUAUCGGGAGGGGUCUGCAGAUCUGCUGGGGAGCACAGAGAUCUCUUGUAUGGAGCUGCCAGAGGAGCUGCAGCAGCUGGCAGAUUUCCAAAAGUUGCGAAGAGAGAAAGCAUUAAAAAAGUACAAGGUAAAUGAGGAGGGUCUCCUAAUCAGACCACCACUGGAAUCCAAAGGAAAGAAGGCAGCAGAGGUGGAAGAAAAACAAGGAGAGGAUAGUUGUUGGCUUUCUUCUAAUGGAGCAGCCUUACAAAAGACAUCCUUCCAUCCCCAAGAUCCACUUCAUCAAAAUGAUGAUGAGCAGAAGCAAGUGGUAGAUCACUGGGAAAAUAAAAAGUCUAGAAUCGGCUAUAAAAAUCCAUCCUUCGAAAUGGAGGCAGGAGCAAGAGACUUGGUCAGCUGGAACUCUGUAUCGGAAAACACCCAAGCAAUGGGGAAGGGAUUCUCUCCAGAGCAGAAACCUCACACACAGGCUGCUGGAUCUUUACAAGAAGAGAGAAGUCUAUUGUUCACGGGAAACCAGGAUGAAGACUUAUUUUGUGCAAAGCAUAGCACCAUUGUGUCUGCCUCUACUCCUCCAAAAAUUAGAAAUUCUCUUCAAGAUUCAUUUCAGGUUCCACGGCAGCCCUCACUUUCUGUACUGCCUCCUUGCCCAGUCCUAGAGACUGUUGGUUUGUGGCAGAACCCAUCCUUGAAGAUGACCCAGACCUACAUUUCCAAUUUCCCAGUAAGGCCAGAAAGGGAAGGGAGUUCAGCAGUUCGCUUUGCCUUCCCUUCAGGUCUCAGCUGCCGGAUGCCAGCACCAAGCCCUGCCGGAAAAUAG